AUGAGUGUCCUGUCCACAAGUCUUGACCCACAGAAUUGUCUUGUACUGCCUCCUGCUGACGCGAGCUCCUUCUCAACCCUUGUUUCGGCCCCUCAGGAGGCCAGAGCAGCAGCCAAGACAGCACGAGGCGAGCACUGGGCGAUUCAGAUCUCCAACGUCGCCAAUAUCGUCCUCUUCAUUGUCAAGGUGGCGGCGUCCAUAGAGUCAGGCAGUCUGUCGAUCAUAGCGUCGACGCUUGACUCGCUGCUGGACCUGCUGUCGGGCUUCAUCCUCUGGUACACCGCCCGCUCCAUGCGCCGCCACAACCCCUACAAGUACCCCAUCGGCAAGGCGCGCAUGCAGCCCCUGGGCAUCAUAGUGUUUGCAUCCAUCAUGGCCACUCUCGGCUUCCAAGUGCUGCUGGAGGGCGUCAGGCGCCUCACUGACUCGUCCGCGGUGGGGCUGGGCAGCGAGUGGCAGGUGUAUGUGGCGAUCAUGCUGUUCGUGAUUGCAGUAAAAUCCGCACUCUACUUCUAUUGCCGCAUCUUCACAGGAAACGACAUCGUCAUGACAUACGCUCAGGACCAUUUCUUUGACGUGGUGACCAACACAGUGGGGCUGGCGGCUGCUGUGCUCGCAGGUGCCGUUGCCUGGUGGAUCGACCCUGUCGGCGCCAUUCUGCUCGCCCUAUACACCAUGAUCAACUGGGGCCGCACGGUCCUGGAAAACGUCAACUCGCUCACGGGCCGGUCGGCACCGCCCGAGUUUCUGCAGAAGAUAACGUACCUGUGCUGGAACCACCACGAGGCCAUCCUGGCUAUCGACACCGUGCGUGCCUACACCUUCGGCACACUCUACUUCACGGAGGUGGACGUUGUGCUGCCCCGGGACAUGCCUCUCGAGGAGACGCAUGACAUAGGCGAGUCGCUUCAGAACAAGCUGGAGCGAUUACCAGAGAUUGAGCGAGCGUUUGUGCAUUUGGAUUACGAGGAGACGCAUGACAUAGGCGAGUCGCUUCAGAACAAGCUGGAGCGAUUACCGGAGAUAGAGCGUGCGUUCGUGCAUUUGGAUUACGAGGUGGAGCACAGGCCGGAGCACCACCAGCACUCCUCCUUCCCCGCUCCACCCGCUGCACCCACCAUCACAACCCUCCCUCCUCCGGACACCCCCACUGGAUGA